AACAGAACUAAACGGCAAGAUCGUUUUGGUCACUUCAUUAACCUCUUUUUUCAAUAAACACCCUUUUCAAACUUUAGGCCUUGACAAUUCCCUUUUUAUCGAAAGGGACUUCUCGCUUGUCGGAGGCAUUGAAAGGUUGCCCGUAUGCGAUUGUUUCCUUCCGAAUUCACUUCACAGGACUACAUCUCAGAUCACGUCUGGAAAAAUUCAUCAUUCUAAACCGGUAUCCUCCGCCAUUGGAUAUCAAAAAAUCAAUUGCAAAAAUCAAUUACAUUUAUACCCUACCCGGACAUCAAUCUUUUCCAGACGAUGUUUGCUCGCCAGAUCUUGGCAAAGGGCUUCAAGCCUUCUGCUGCGGCUGCCCGCCUUAGCUUCAGAAAUGUGAGGGGUUUAGCUACCAUCACCGGUAGUACUGGUAGACAAAUGCCGCAGCCCACAAGGGAAAGGAGCACUCCAGUCAGUCAUGAUCGCGCAACCUUCACUAUUAGGAACGGUCCUAUCUUUCAUGGCAAGUCGUUCGGAGCUCGUUCCAACAUUUCCGGAGAAGCUGUUUUCUCCACCGCCCUAGUCGGAUAUCCCGAAUCCAUGACAGACCCAUCCUACCGUGGGCAGAUUCUCGUCUUCACUCAGCCGCUUAUCGGAAAUUAUGGCGUCCCCUCUGCUGAUAGGGAUGAGCACGGGUUAUUGAAGUAUUUUGAAUCUCCCAACAUUCAGGCUAUCGGAAUUGUGGUUGCCGAUGCCGCGCUCAAGUACUCGCAUUGGACUGCUGUUGAGUCGUUGGGUGAUUGGUGUGCCCGUGAGGGUGUUCCCGCCAUCACCGGUGUUGACACCAGAGCGAUUGUUACCUACCUCCGAGAGCAGGGUUCCUCGUUGGCUAGGAUCACCAUUGGCGAGGAGUACGACGCUGACCAGGACGAGGCUUUUACCGAUCCUGAACAGAUCAAUUUGGUCGAGAAGGUGUCUACCAAGGCUCCGUUCCAUGUUUCGAGUAACAAUGGUGACUUGCACGUUGCUGUUAUCGACUGUGGUGUCAAGGAGAAUAUCUUGAGGAGUUUGGUCGGCAGGGGUGCAAGUGUUACUUGCUUCCCAUGGGAUUACCCAAUUCACAAAUACGCUCACCACUUUGACGGCGUUUUCAUCUCCAAUGGACCCGGUGACCCGACCCAUUGCCAGAAGACCGUCUACCAUCUUGGCAAGUUGAUGGAGAAGUACAAUGGCCCUAUCAUGGGUAUCUGCCUUGGACAUCAGUUGCUCGCCCUAGCUGCUGGUGCAAAAACAAUUAAGUUGAAGUACGGCAACCGUGCGCACAAUAUUCCCGCCUUGGAUCUCACUGCUGGAAGAUGCCACAUCACCUCGCAAAAUCACGGUUAUGCAGUCGAUAUCAAGACUCUUCCCUCCUCUGACUGGAAGGAAUACUUUGUCAACUUGAAUGAUGGAUCCAACGAAGGCAUGAUCCACACCUCCCGCCCUAUCAUGUCCACUCAGUUCCACCCCGAGGCUAAGGGUGGCCCAUUGGACUCUAGCUUUCUCUUCGACUCUUAUCUCCAGCAGGUUGCCGACUACAAGGCUGAGCAAGCUCGUUUUGAACCUUCCAGGAGUGGACGUCCCAAUACCUUGUUGGUCGAUCUUCUGAGCAAGCAGCGUGUUGGUGUAGUUCCUGAGAACGUGUUAGCUAGCCUCAGCAGGAGGGUAGGGGCUUCUAGGAGUGAGUUUGCUAAUAAGAGCGAGGCCACUCCGGCUGCCUCGGCUGCUUGAGCAUUCUCUGGCGGUAGUUUCUCUUUUUCCCUCCCGAUAUCCUGAUCGGUUGCCCAUCUGGGCUCUGGUUGGGAUGUUUAUUUUAUGUAGUGGGUGGUAUUGAUGUGUUUUUUUUUUUUUUUUUUGUAAUAUAGGAUGUGGGAUUGGGCGCAGGCGAGUUGAAUUGAAUGAACUUUUCCGUUUUUUGAGGAUCA